AUGUCUGACCAUAAUGAUGACAGUAGCAACAUUGAGCAAUUCACGAAGCUGAGAGAAUCUGCCUCUCCAGUUGAUACGGCUGCCCUCGACUCGUUUUUCGACCAGUUACCCCCUAUCCCGCUAUCACAUUUGGUCGGUAGUUGGAAUGGUGGGUUCUUCGACACAGGCCACCCGAACGGAGACUUCAUGAAAGACGUUUCCUGGAUUGGCAAAGACUUCUUCUCGGUCGAUCACGUCGAUCCUGUGGUCAUAGAACGUGACGGCACAAGACAGAGCUGGGGAAAAUGGGGCCUUGCGAGCUUGAAAGAAAUCGUCUUCCGAGGCCAAUUGACCUCUGCCAUGAUAUAUGACGAUCAACCAGUGAUCGAUUACUUUCGAUUGGUGGACGAUAAAACCGUAGCCGGGAUCAUGGAGGGCAAAAAGCUAAACGGGCCCUUUUACUUCUACCUCACACGACCUUGA